AUGGCGAACCAAAACCCUUUCGGCCCUCAACUAGAUUUCGACCUCAUUGCCGAUGAGCUUAGGAAGACACAAAAUCUCCCUGCGAUUCAAGCCCUUCAUCGAGAAUUCACAGUAUUUCGUCAAGAGGCUGCAGAAUUCCGUCAAGAAACUGGUCGGGAAUUCGCAGCCAUUCGUCAAGAGCUUACAGAAUUUCGUCAAGAAACUGGUCGGGAAUUCGCAGCCGUUCGUCGAGACAUCACAGGUAUUCGUGAAGACGUGGGAGGCAUUCGCGAGGACAUCACAGGUAUUCGUGAACACGUCACAGGUCUUCGUGAGGACAUCACAGGUAUUCGUGAAGACGUCGGAAGCACUAGCUUGGCGAUACGCGCAUCGAAUCACAACAAUACAGCUCGAGUUCAAAACACGUACCUUGCAACCAGCUCGGACCCUCUUUCACCAUUCGUCAAUGCCUCGACUGCAGACCCUAUCCCAAACUUUCCUGGAUCACCACAGGAACUUGGGCAAUUGACUACGAACCGCAUUAAUCUUAUCUUGCGACAGCUAGGUCUUGCCCCUGGCCCAGGGAUGGAUCUGGCGACAACGAAGCAGAUGCUGAGAGUGCAUAUUGGGUUGACAGAGGUCGCCGGCCGACCGCCUCCCUGA